GGGCAAGAAUCGUGUGAAAUUCGGGGAUUCGCUGCAGACAGGGCCAUGUGCUGAAGGUGGUGUGCUUGAGCGUCGUCGCCUGGUGAGGCAAGAGCUGAGCAGCCGCCCCUGCAGCCAUGGGCCGGCUUGACACCAAGGCGGCCAUUGCCCGGCUGGCUGCCCAGCCGGACCGGGACCAGCUGCUGGCCACCCUGGCCGAGGUGCGACGCCGCGUGAUCGCCACCAGGCCCGGCCUGGAGCGGUUCGUGGAGCUCGGCGGCCUGGCGGAGCUGACGCGGCUGCUGCGCGAGCCGCAGCCGGCGGACGUCUUCAACUUGGUGCUCAGCAUACUGGGCAACUGCACCACCAGACCGGCCGGGCGACAGCACUUCGUUCGUCACGGCGGACUCCACGCUGUCCUCAAUGUGAUCCAGAUCGUGGCCGACCCGCACGUAGCCAACCGUGGCUGCCGGACACUGGCAAACCUGGCGCAAGAGCCAUCGCUGUGCCGCACGCUGCACCAGGAGGACACGCUGGAUGUGGUGGCGGCGCUGCUGGCGGCCGAGCCGGGUCAGGCACCACCCUCCGACCAUCUACGCAUCACUAUAUUCCGCCUGUGGAGGAACAUGGCGGACACGAGCAGCCACCAGCGCCGGCUGCUGCGCACCGAGUGCCUGGUGACGGUGGCGGCCGGUCUCGGCUCCGGCAACGGCCAGCUGGCGCGCGAAGCUCUCAAGACGCUGGCACACUUCGCCGACCAGGCCGCCCGCGAGACCGGUGCUCAGAUGCAGCAGUGCAGCGAGGCGCUACCGGCGCUGCUGCGGCUGUGCGGAGCCGGCGCGUCGCCGGACCCUCAGCUGGGGUCGGCCGCGCUCCGCCUGGUGCUGGUGCUAGCCCGCGAGUCGUCGCUGCGGCCGCCGCUCGGCCAGCUGGGCUUGCUCCAGAUGCUGUACGACGGCGCCCGACGGCGGGACGAGAGACCAGGCCAGGGCGGGGGCCAGGAGGCAGGCCAGGGCACAGACGAGAAGCCGGGCCAAGGUGCGGACCAGCAGCCGGACCAGGGUGCGGACCAGAAGUCGAGCCAAGUCCGGCAGCCAGCGGCCGGGACGGUACCAGAUUCUGACUUAGAAGACGGCGCGUCGGAGGUGGUCAGCGUUAGCUCCCUUGCUAACCGUAGCUGCCUGGUCAGCGCGCUGUGUCUGUUCUGCUGGGAGUCGGUGAACCGGGCGAGGCUGCGCGCGCUGGGCUGCCUGCCCUGGCUGGUGUCGCUGCUCGGCUCGGACCCCACCUACCAGCAGGUGGAGCGCGAGAUCGCGGCCUACCUGCGCCAGGUGCGCGCCGCCGGCGAGCCGCCCGAGCGCCUGUACAAGUCGUUCAGUCCCACCGACAGCCUGGCGAGCUCGCCGCAGUGCUCGCCCGAUGGCAGCCCGCCCUCGUGGGCUGAGCGGCCCGACCGCCAGCUGAGCGCGCCGCCCAGCUGCGCUGCACUUCUCGACUACCUGCGCCACGCGCCGCGGCCGCAGGCGCGCGCCUCGCGCAUUCUAGCACGCCUCUGCAGGAACCCGUCCUGCUUCCGCUCGCUGGUGAGGCAGCGGUUGGCGUGGCUGUGCGUCAGCCGACUGUCGGCGGCGCAGGCCGAACUGCCGCUGGACGCGCUGCGCGCCGUGGCCGAGACCGGGUACGGGCAGGGCGUGCUCGAGUCACUGCUGGAGCUGGGCGACGCCGAGGCCAUGGCAGCCGUCACCACCCGCCGCCAUCGUCGUCCGCCGUGCCUCUACCUCGCCGACCCGGGCCCGACCGACUUGACACUGGUGCUGUCCGACGCUGUUGGAGCCGGCGGCUGCUGA